AUGUUCAAGAUACCGCAGAAUAUCACGGCGCCGUUUGGCCUUCUGGGCGAUGAGGCGAAGCUCACGUUUCGGAGUCAACCUGGAGGAAUAGCGAAGCUGGCUUCCACAAGAAACAUCUCUGCUACGGAUGCAUACUGGGAUCAAUAUGUUGUACUUUUCGACUCUGCAUCGGAUGUAUACUCUCUCAUAUCACCUCAAGAUAUCAGGCGGGCCCUGGUAGAGGCUCCAGAGAAUGUCGCAACGCUCAUCCGCGUGAUAACAUCCCGCCUAUUCAACCUCGUAUCCGACCACACCUUCCCCUCGCCACCCCCGAACCCCGUAUCAACCGUCACAAACUUUGCGUCAACAUUUAUGAAAGCCGGCGGAGAGCGCAACCCCACAAAAGAGGUGCUGAACUGCAUCCGCGUCCUGCAGCGCGUGCUACCGGUCGUAUUCGAGCUCGACAGCGACUUGAGUAUCUUUGAACGGGAGGUACUGUGGAAACGCGAUGUCGUCGAGGGACAAGACGACUCUGAGCAUGUGGAGCAUGCGCCUCAGUUCGUGAUUGAGGACGACGACGAGGAUGGACCGCCUGCCGCAGCACCGUCAACUGCGGAUGCGCCAAAAGACCAGAAGACGCACCCAGCGCUGGCAGAGCGUCUCUUCAGUUGCUUGAUCGACUUGCUAUUUUGCUGUGGGUUUACCCUCCCUGCCAAGAUACAAGUCGACCACUAUAAGAUCAACUACAUCAUCUGGGAGAAAGGCGUUGGAUCUACUGUCGAUCCCGGUCCAAGUCACGCAUACGACGGGAACAAGACCGAAGUCCUACGACUCAUCCUCGUUCUCUUGUCUCGACAGAUCUAUGCUCCUCCGUCGGGCCUAUUCACAUGCCCUUCCCAGUACACCCUCCACCUCGUCCAACGAACUCCACGGAGGGAUGUCUUGACUGUUCUAUGCUCUUUGCUGAAUACGGCUAUGAACUCUGUUCAAUCUACAACAACGGUCAUCGGAAACGUCGCCGGUCGAAUACCCUACAACCAUCUCGUAUUCAAAGGCGAGGAUCCACGCGCGAAUCUGGUUGGCAUGUGUUACCAGGUCUUACUCGCUCUGCUCGACUUCCAGAGCGGCACUGCACGGGACAACCUGAUCGUACCCGACGAGGUCCCCGUCUACGCUCCUUCACUGAAGACCAAUGCUUUCCGCCACUUCGUAGCCAAACUACAUCGACCAGCCGACUUCGAAAUCAUCUUCAAUGGGAUACUGGGCGUGCUCGAGCAGGAGAUGAUCACGAUAAAUAAUGUUCUUCCUGGCGCUAGGAAAUCUGUACCGUAUAUACCUGAGACUAUAUUGCUCUUUUGGAAGAUGAUUGAACUCAACAAGAAGUUUCGCGUGUACCUGCUGGAACAGGAGAAGUCUAUGGACAUCGUGUGCUAUCUACUAUGCUACUUCUUGGAGAUCAAGGACAAACCCCAGCAACAUGGCUUGUGCCGAGCCCUGUCUUACAUUAUCCAGACGUUGUCCGCGGAACACGCCUUCGGUCUCAAGCUUUCCUUCCCCACCAGACCCGCACAUCUCCCCGCCAAGUGGAACGUAGGCGGAGCAGCUGCAGACUUCAUGAUCAACGCCAUAUACUUCAUAGUAGCGACCACAUCAGGCGCGCUCAACUCGAUGUAUCCGGCUCUGAUCAUCGCCCUAUCCAACUCCGCGCCGUACUUCCGGGACCUGACCGUCAACUCAGCAACACGCCUACUGCAGCUCUUCACAUCCUUCGCCAACCCCGCUUUCCUGCUCGCAGAAGAGGGCCACCCACGUCUUCUCUUCUUCAUGCUCGAAGCCUUCAACGCCGUCAUCUUCUACCACCUCCCCGAGAACCCGAACCUCUCCUACGCCAUCCUCCGCUCGCACAAGACAUUCGAAGACCUCGGGACGUUCAACCUCGCGCGCGGUCUUCGCGAGGUCCGCAGGAUCCAAAAGGCGAAAGACGAGCAGGCCGCGCGCGCAGACCUCAAAGGCAAGAGCCGCGCGGCCGACGAGCAGCAGCCGCACGAGGAGAAGCAGCGCCUGCUCGAGCGGGAGGGCAGCACGCUGAGCGACAGCUUCACCGACCUGCGCAUGGACUCGCGGCCGUCUUCGCCCCCGGAGGACCCGCACCCCGCGUCCUCGGAGGAGCACGUUGCGUCCGCGCAGCCGCUCACGUCUCCGGGCGUCGACACGCCCAUGACGUCGGCGUAUCCUGUUUCCGAGAAGGCGCGCGGGAAGAUGAAGGCGCGCCGAUCGGGCUCGGUGGAUACGGAUGGCAGCCAGGAUAUGGCUGCGCCCGCCAGCGUCGGGCGGAACGGGUUCGUUCCCACGCAGGAGUGGGUCACGUCGUGGCAGCAAGGGUGCGGCGCUUCUUCCCUCGCGUGCUCGUUGAGACGUGGCUUACGCUUGUGA